CAACUCUCACGUACAAAAGCUUCCGAAAACAGAAAGACGGAGAACAUUCAUCGCUGUCGUCAUUUUGAAAGAGGUUGCGUUUUUACAUUGAAUUCUUAUCGAAAGAAAAUAGAACUUGUUUUCAAAAUUGUAUUUUAAGCUCGUAAAGUGAUCAACAAUUUUGUUAAUAUUAGUUGAGAAAGGAGAAGUGCCAGCCUAAAUAUUCGCUUGCAGUAAGUAAAACCUGGAGAUACGAUGAGUCUUGUGUGGAGCCUAAUAGCCUCAUUUCUGUACGUCGAAAUCGUAAUCGUUUUGCUACUGGUUCUACCUGUGGCAAGCCCCAAGCGAUGGCAGCGAUUCUUCAAAUCCCGGUUCCUGGAGAUGCUGAGUAGACAAGCGCAUACAUAUUUCUACCUGCUGCUUUUUGUAUUGGUUCUGUUCUUGCUGGAAGCUAUCCGAGAGAUGCGGAAAUACUCGCAUACUGCAGAUCCAGCAGAGGAACAUCAUUUGAAUGUAGGCAUGCAGCACAGUAUGAGACUAUUCCGCGCCCAACGUAACUUUUAUAUUUCCGGCUUUGCGAUCUUCCUUUCAUUGGUCAUACGUCGCCUAGUUUCUCUAAUCACAACGCAGGCUCAACUUCUGGCUCAAUCAGAAGCAUCUAUGAAACAGGCACAAAGUGCCACUGCUGCUGCUCGUAGUCUUUUGUCACAGCAGAAGAAAGAGGAACAGGACGGAGACAAACCAAAACCAUCUGCUCCCAUAGACGAUGACGCUAAUGUGGAUGAGAUGAAAAAACGCAUUGUCGAGUUGGAGAACGAGCUGGCCCGCGAACGCAAAGACAAGGAAGCUAUGAAGUCCCAGUCCGAGAGUUUGAACCGUGAAUACGAUCGAUUGACUGAGGAAUACAGCAAGCUACAGAAACGAAUCACUAUCAGUAGUGAUAACAAAAGUGACUAAAAUGUCAUCGGAAUGCCGAAAGUAGUGAUAGUAUGUUUGUUUUUACCAUUUGUUCUUAUCUUUGUUUCGCAUUUUGUCAUCUGUUUCACUUAAACCAUUCAGUCAUCUAUCGAUUCCCUUCUAUUCUGAAGUAGAAUGACACAAAUACUGCAUAUUGCAUAUUAUAAUAUUACUCAAAUCCCUAUGCUCAGUUUGGUAACGGUUUGUUAAAGUUCAUAAAUGACUCGUCUGUAUAAAGAAUGUGACAAAAACAAUUUAUGUUCAGUUUCCAACAAAAUUAACAUUUAAACUCAUUUGUAUUGAACUAAAAUAUGUUUGGUAUGCAACGGUUGUAGCAAAUACUAACUUUGUGACAUGUUUUGACGAACCCUGAAAAAGAACGCAUGAAUUGGAAGACUGUCAUCUGUUUGUGAAUAAAAUGAAUAUUAAACACAAUAAAUAAAAGUUAUUUAAAGAAGAAA